AUGGCCCAAAAUAGAGAAGAGAAGCACCAUGCACAGCACCAACAAUCACACUCGGUAUCGCAAUCAACCACUGAGAGGCCUUCAGGGCUGCGGGUGCCCUCGAAUCGCAAAACGAUAUACGACCGAAACCUGAACCGGAGUCGUAAUGCGGAAUCUAGUCGGGCAAGCUUUGCAUAUCUGUUUGCGGAGAUGGUGACAUAUGCGCAGCGACGGGUGACGGGUGUUCAGGAUCUAGAAAGACGGUUGAACGAACAGGGCUAUCCUCUUGGUCUCCGGCUGCUUGACCUCCUUCUCUAUAGAACGCUUACAGGCUCGUCGACCAGCAUCUCCUCCAACCAACCCAUCCGACCCCUCCGUAUCAUUGCUUUACUCCAACUCAUCCACGGUCCACUCUGGCGCCUCCUCUUUUCCCGAUCCGCGGAUGCGCUCGAACACUCCGUAUCUCCGGAUACACCUAACGAAUACAUGAUAACGGACAACGAUCCCCUAACAAAUAUGUAUAUUUCCGUGCCCAAAGAAAUGGGCCUGUUGAAUUGUGCAGCAUUCGUGGCGGGAAUAGUAGAAGGAGUAUGUGAUGGGUGUGGAUUUGAAGCUAAAGUCACGGCUCAUAACCAAGGGAAUGAUAUGUGGCCGAGUCGAACGGUGUUUCUGGUAAAAUUUGGAGAGAGUGUAAUGGAAAGAGAGAAAAUGCUGGAAAGGGCCGGCAUCAAGUAG